CCCUUAUAGACAGGUUCUUCGUUCCGCGCGCCAAUCGUCGCAUCGCUUUUGGCGAUUGCGUUUCUCAAUAAUUAGUGCAAAUUUUCAUUAUUUUUUUUUUUUUUAAUAAUAACAACAUCGGAGAAAUGGUUUAUUUAAAAAUACUUCUGGCCUCUGCCAUAUUUUCCUCUGGGAUAGUCGACAGUGCAAGGCUCAAGCGUCAAACUGGUAUUUCACAAGAAAAUGGGGCAGUGAUCGAUAGUGUAUUUAAUAUACCAAUUACUGCCAUUAAACAAACUGCCGCGGCUAUUCAAUCUUUUUCACCAGAAAAUAGUGAAACCAUCGAUAAUGUCUUCAAGAUUCCCAUUACCACAUUGCAGGCAGUGGAGAAAUUGGUGAAAAAUCGAAAUCCACAAAAACGACGUGAUAUUCAGGAGGAAAAAUUGAAACGACAAAAAUUAAAGAAGGAAAAAUUAUUAGAAAAACAGGAGCAAAUGAGAUUGCAAAAAUUGCAAAAAGAAGAAUUGAGAAAAAAAAAACUUCAAUUUCAAAAGGAAAAAUAUCAUCGUAAAAAAGAUCAAUUGGGAUUGAAUAAUCAUUUGGUGGGUCAUCAUGGAAUUUCAGGAAGUCAUGGACUUGGAAAUUUUGGUAGUCACGUUCAUGUGAGUCACAUUGGACAUAUCAGUCGUCCUCUCCAUCAUGGAAGUCAUGCCCAGGGUAACACUUACGAAGUACAUGAAAUAAUUGACGAACCGCCAUUUGUUUGGCCCGGUUGGCCAGGAUCGACAUUUUUCAAAAUUGAAAAUAAAAUAGCCCCAAAAGAUGAGGAGCCGAAAAAAGAUGAGCCAUUGGAAAAUAAAAUUGCACCGAAAAAUGAGGAAAAAAUUGAAAAACCCGAACCAAGAAUAAGUAGAAGAAGCAGUUUUCGAUUUGAAAGUGAUUCACCUCCAAAAAAUUUUUUCCCUACUAAUUAAAUGUCCCCCCUUUUCUUCCACUUAAGAUUUUUAUUUAUGAAUUAUACAUAAAAAUGACAACGGAAAUUUUUUUCCGACAUUAAAAAACAAAUACUUAUUUUUAUGUAUAUAUUACGUACAAAUCCAUUUUUUUUGUCUUGCAAUUGUCAUUUAUUAUUAAAAAAAAACACACAAACUUAAUUAUCCUGAAUGUAUAGUGACCGAAAGAUAAUUUUUUUAAUUGCAAGAUGAUGGACAAACGAAACUUGUCCUUGUACAUAUAAAAAAAAAAAAAUACGUUACUUUUAAUGACUUCUGUAAAAAGAUAAGAAAAAUAAAACUAAGACAAUUAAUUAUAAAUGAGA